UCAGUCUGCGACCCACCGUUGACGCGUGUUUGUUAUUUCAAAUAUUCAAUACAUUAUUUUGUGUAUUUUGUUGUAAAUUCUUAUUUUUAUCUCUUAUUCUCGUUGAGGUUUAUUAACAUAUAUAGUUUUUGUCAUCGAAAGGCGAUUUCCAAUUGAAAGCUGAUUUUACCGCACGCAACUAAUAGUGAGAGUGGAUUCUGGGUGUUUUCGAUUAGCAAGGAUGUCUCUGGGUCUCUCGAAGCAACUGACGAGGCUACAGCAAGUUUCUCAGUACCAAAUAACGAAGAACUAUACAACUAUGCCUUGUCCCUUUUUGACAAAGCUCACCACAGCUUAUGUGAGGAAUUAUGGACCGACUUUAUUGAAAACUUUCGGAAGUCAGUGCCCAGUUAUGUCGCACUCAAUCAGCAACAUGACUCCAGCCAGCCAAGAACAGGUGGAACCGGAUAACGUUGGUACCAAGAAAUGUCCAUUCUUGAAUGAAGUUCCUGAUAUGGUGAAGGAGGCUAGCCAUGAAGACAUCAUUGAAUUAGAUUCAAAGCCGUCUAAUGAUGUAUUCCAAUAUGAUCAGUUUUUCCACCAACAAAUUCUGAAGAAAAAGACAGAUCAUUCUUAUAGAAUCUUUAAGAAGGUGAACCGUUUGGCCGGUCCUGGUCAAUUUCCCAAGGCAGUGGAGUACUCUUGGGGCGAAAGGCCGAUUACCGUCUGGUGCUCAAAUGAUUAUUUGGGCAUGUCAUGUCAUCCAGAGGUCAAAAAAGCGGUGCGUACCGCGCUUGAUAAAUACGGUGCUGGUGCUGGUGGUACCAGGAAUAUAUCAGGGAAUUCAAUCUACCACGAAAAACUUGAAAAUAUUCUAGCCGCGUUGCACCAAAAGGAAGGAGCAUUGUUAUUCACUUCCUGUUUUGUUGCCAACGAUUCAACCUUGUUUACCUUGGCGAAAGCACUACCAGGUUGUCAUAUUUUCUCGGACGAAGGUAAUCACGCUUCCAUGAUUCAAGGAAUUCGUAAUAGUAAAGUACCCAAGCACAUCUUCCGCCAUAAUGAUCCUAAGCAUUUAGAGGAACUUCUGAAGUCUGUAGACGUCAACGUACCGAAGAUUGUUGCUUUCGAAACCGUGCAUUCCAUGACCGGCGCCGUCUGCCCCCUAGAAGAAUUAUGCGAAAUCGCCCACAAGUACGGAGCGUUAACUUUUGUAGAUGAGGUUCACGCUGUUGGACUCUAUGGAAACCACGGAGCGGGCAUCGGUGAAAGAGAUAACCAAUUGCAUAAUAUGGAUAUAAUAUCAGGUACAUUGGGUAAGGCCUUCGGUAACGUGGGUGGCUAUAUAGCUGGAAGUGCGUCUCUGGUGGACAUGAUUAGAUCGUACGCAGCCGGUUUUAUAUUCACCACUUCACUACCACCAACGGUGUUGGCUGGUGCCGUUAAGGCUAUCGAAGUAUUGGCAUCCGAAGAAGGUAGAGAGCUAAGAGCGCGUCACCAGGAAAAUGUAAAAUACCUAAGAAACACGUUACUUAGACACGGUUUCCCGGUAGAGCACACCCCUAGCCACAUUAUCCCAAUUAAAAUCGGUAACCCUCAACAAUGCACCCAAGUCUCGGAUAUGCUGAUUAAGCAAAAAGGUCAUUACGUCCAAGCAAUUAAUUAUCCGACGGUCGCGAGAGGCCAGGAGAAACUGCGGUUGGCUCCGACGCCUCAUCACACCAAAGAGCUUAUGGAUUUGCUCGUCUCGGAUUUACAAGAAAUCUGGAUCAAUCUAGGACUUCCAUUCACCGGCCUGCAAUGUAGCAAAGAAUGCAACUUUUGCAAUAAAUCUAUUUUGUUCGACUACUUCGAAGCUCGCACCAGAAAGUGUUCUAAUAAUAUAAUUUGUGAUAUACCGAAUUGCCCGCAAAUGGUAGCUGCUCUCUAAGUUAUCAAACAUAUUGUGCAACCUGUCUAAGCAAUAGAUAGAUUUCGUAUAUUUAUGUGUAUACACAUAUUUAAAUAGAUACACGUACACAAAAGGUGAAGGCAGAAUACAUAAAUAUAUAAAGCAAA